UAUAUGUAUAAGUACCCCACAUGGAUUCAAUUUCAAAUGGAGCUAUUGCUAACUGCCACUGUCCAUUUCUGACUUCUGUACAACGAACGAAGCCGUUUUCUCUACUUUAUAGGUGCCAGUUGUGUUCAAUUCGUGAUUAUAUGAGUUCUAUCUUCCAUACAAAAAAAAGUUCUAAUUGUAGAGUGAAAAGGCAUUAUCAAUGACAUGUGAACAUUAGGUAAUUGUAUAGUAAAUAAUAACACGUAGAAGAUAUUAGUGUUACUGCAAUUGAAGGGCUGAUUGUGUUAUUGUGAGUGACAAGAUGGAAUCUCGUCUACCAAAACCAAAAAUAGUGAUAAACAGAGCAAUUAGUACAACGGAUAUAACUGCUAAGAAUAAUAAAAUAACUAAAAAUAAUAUAUUGACAUCGACAGUAGUAUCAACGUCAACGUCAACGUCAGGUUCAGCCAAUAUGAAAUCUAUGAAUGAAAAUGUUCUACCUGUUAAACAAGGCUUAGUUCGAGCAAAGACAUUGUCUACAAUCAUACGACCAAACAAUGUGAGAGCAGUAAAACGAACAGCUACUAAUGUAACACAUGGAGAAGCAAAGAAACCUCUUGUUAAACCUGCUCCUAAAGCACUAGUGAAGUCAAAUAAUGCAAUGACUAAUAAUACAGUGAACAAGGUAAAUAAAGUUGUUCAAAAUGACGUAGAUAAGGCAGGUAAAAUUAAAAAGUGGGAUUUACGAGGUCGUUUGGCACAGACAAGUGAUAAACUGUCAAUUGUACAACAGAAGAAUAAAGAUAUAGCGUCGAAAUACAAUGCGCUCCAAGAAUUGGUAAAUACUUUACAAGCUAACGAAACUGAAUAUAAAACUAAAGUAGAAAAAUUUGAAGUUUUGAAUAACACUUUGACUAGCGAACUUCAGGCUUUAAAAGCAGAAAUGCUUACAAUUCGAAAGAAUGAGGAAGAUUUAAUAAAACGAUUGAAAGAAUCAGAAGAAUCAUGCACAAGUAUUUCUCUUGCUAUGAACGAAUUUCAAGAAAAAUGUAAGACUCAAGAAAUAUUGAUUUCAGAACAAACUGAACAAUUAACAGUUUUAAAAACAGAUUUAGAAUUGAAAAACGAGAUGAAUACAGGUUUGAGUAUUGCCAAAGAAGAAUUACAAGCAUUGACUCAUAAAAUGGAUAAGGAACGUAGAAUGUUGCAUAAUACCAUACAAGAAUUAAAAGGCAAUAUCAGAGUAUUCUGUAGAGUUCGCCCAAGAACGCCAAAGGAAAUUGAUCAAAUGAAAACGAUGUGUAAUGUUAACUUCAUAGACGAUUGCACUAUUGAAGUCGGCAAAUUUGAUGGAUCAGACGCAGUCAGCUGCAGCGGAAAGUUACGAGGAAUAAAACAAGAAUUUUCGUUUGACAAAGUAUUUACUUCAAAUGCAUCUCAAGCAGAUGUGUUUGAAGAAUUGUCUCUUUUAGUACAAUCAGCACUUGAAGGCUACAACGUUUGCGUAUUUGCUUACGGCCAGACUGGUUCUGGUAAGACGUACACAAUGGAAGGAGAAUGUGGAUUACAAACUGAAGGCAUGAUACCUAGAACAGUACGUCAUAUAUUUAAAGAAAUGAAACAGUUUCAACUUCUCGGUUGGGAGUAUCGAAUAGAGGCUAGUUUUCUGGAGAUUUAUAAUGAACAUAUCGUAGAUCUUCUUGAUUCUCAACCAAAAACGCAUGAAAUACGAAUGGUUGAUAGUAAAGGUCAAGAUUUGUACGUUAGUAAUCUUCGGAUAGAAGAGAUACAUAGUCCAGAAGAAUUGCAUGAAUGUCUUCGAAUUGCACAACGUAAUCGAGCUGUGGCGGCUACUCAAUCAAAUGAAAGAUCCUCAAGAUCACAUUCAGUGGCAAGAAUACGAUUAAUUGGUACACACACUACAAAACAAGAGGUAUCAGUGGGAAAUCUGAAUUUAGUUGACUUAGCGGGGUCCGAACGUUUGAAGACUGAAGAAGCUGUUAGGACUGCAGAAACCAAAAAUAUCAAUAAAUCUCUGGCAAAUCUUGGUAAUGUUAUUUUAGCACUUUUAAAGAAACAGGAACAUAUUCCUUAUAGAAAUUCUAAAUUAACGCAUUUACUUAUGCCUUCUUUGGGAGGGAAUUCUAAAACUUUAAUGUUGUUAAACAUAUCUCCAUUAGACGAAUGCUAUAACGAGACAUUAAACUCGCUAAGAUUUGCUAGUAAUGUCAAUAAUUGUAAGACUGGAAAUAUUAAACGAAGUCGAAUGAUUUUACAAAAUACAAUUAACUAAAUUUGGACAUGUUAAGUCUGAUUAAAGUGUCACGUUUUAUUUUUAUGAUUAAUAUUUUUUUAUUAUAUGUAAUUAAAAAUAAAGAAAAUAUAUUUUCGUGAUUAAACCACAAUAAAAUGUUCACAUUUUGUGACGUUAAUAAUGACAUAAUAUUAAUUAUUAAGGACACCAUUAAAAUAAAUAAUACAUAUCUCUGAAGAAAAAGUUUAUAUAAACGUUAAACAUAUAACCGCUUUAUCAGAAUGUAAUUAGAUUUUUUAUUCUACAAGAAAACUUUUAGAAGUAAAAUAUAGUUUAUGGUUUAUCAAAUUAUGAUGUACUAAUAACAUAAAUUGUAUAUAUAAACAAUUGAAAAAAUU